GCCUGAGAGGCGGAUGCGCUGCUGCUGGUGCUGUUGCUGCGGCUGGUGCUGGGCUGCGGAGCCUGCUGCGGGCUGUUCAGCCGCGUCCGCCGUCGGCCGGCGACCGCCCGUCUGGGACCAGCGAUUCUGCUAGCCGAGAGGCCGAGGCGGGGACCUCAGACAUUUACCGAGGGCAUCUAUGUGCCAGAAACUACUCCUGGUGAGAGGACAGAGUGGAGAACCAGAGAAACACUCAUAUUUUGCCCUCAUUGACUUUAUGGCUUCACAGGGGAGUUCAGAAGAGCAGUAAUUCCCAGGCUUUCUCAGCAGUGUACGCCCUUUUCUGACACACUUAGCACUGAAGGUGAAUUCUCCUUUUUACAAGAAGAAAAUUUUGGUGGAGAACUACCCAGCAACAAAAGGACGUGUAGCUAUUGAGAGACAAGAAGAAGGGAGGCAAAUUCCAACCUUUUAAGAGAUUGUUUGGCAAAAGGAAAAAGAAAGAUACGUUGUUGUCCCGGGAGGAAUCCGUGGAGAAAAAGAGUUACUCCCAGCAGAGUGUCAGCAAUGGGACCUUCUCUUCUGAUGAGGAGACCCUGGAGGACAGUCUAAGGUCCUUCAACUAUACUAUGGGAACGCGGGCGUUUUCUCAUGACAGUAUAUUUAUCCCUGAUGGGGGAGCAGAAAGUGAGCAGACAGUUCAAGCAAUGUCACAAGACAACAUCCUGGGCAAAGUCAAAACUCUUCAGCAACAGUUGGGCAAGAACAUCAAGUUUGGGCAGCCACCACCCAGUGCCAUUCCCAUGAAGAAGGCAGACAGUGGAGAUGCUAGCCUGGACGAGGAUCUGUUCCUGACCAGUCCCAUGGAAAUUGUGACUCAUCAGGACAUCGUCCUCUCAGAUACUGAGAACAAAUCCAGUGAUACGCCAAGUUCUCUAAGCCCUUUGAAUCUACCUGGAGCCAGAAGUGAGAUGGAGGAGAAGGUUGCUCCAGUUAAGCCAUCUCGGCCAAAAAGGCACCUCUCUUCUGCUGGCACCAUUGAAAGUGUCAACCUAGAUGCCAUUCCCCUGGCCAUUGCUCGCCUGGACAACAGUGCCGCCAAGCACAAACUGUCUGUUAAGCCAAAAAACCAGAGGGUGUCAAAGAAGCACAGGCACCUUGCCCGGGAUCGACAAAACGAACAAGGCGGCCUGCAGAGUCAGCCAUCCCUGGACCAGAAUGGACACCCUGGAGAAAACAAGCAAAUUUGGCAAGAAGAGGAACCAGAACCCUUGGAUUUGGAGGAAGAGAAAAGAUGCCAAGAGGAAUACUGGCGAGAACUUGAGGCCAAGUGCAAAAGGCAAAAGGCCGAAGCAGCAGAGAAGAGACGCCUGGAAGAGGAGAAGCUCCAGGCCCUGGAGAGGAGGCUUUGGGAAGAGAACCGCAGGCAACAGCUCUUGGAGGAGGAAGGAGAAGAAGAGGAGGGAAAGGAGGGAGAACUACAGCUAGAGGCGGAAAAGAGUCAGCAAGAAGACGAGAGGCGGCUACUGGAAGAGCGAGGUUGCCAAGUCCAAGAGCUGGAGGAAAGGAAAUACCUGGAGGCUGAAGAGCAGAUGCAUUUGGAGGCUAAGCGACUAGAGGAGAAACUCAGAGAGCAGGAAGAGCUGGAGGCACAGAGAAGGCUGGAGGCUGAGAGGCAGUGGCAGGAAGAAGAAAGAGAGUUGAAGGAACUCAGAAGGCUGGAGGAAAUGGAAGAGCAGAGAAGGCAGGAGGCUGAAAGGAGGCUGGAGGAGCUCAAGCAGCAGGAGGAGCUGGACAAACAACCAAAGCGAGAGGAAGACAAGCAGAGAUGCCAGGAGGAAGAAGAAAAACGGAUGAAGGAGCUCAAAAGCCAGGAGGAACUGGAGGAGCAGAGACAGCAGGACGAAGUGGCGAAGAAGCUUCAGCUGGAGGAGGAAGAGGCCAGAAGGGAGGAACUCAAAAAACAGGAGGAAAUGGAGGAGAAGAGGAGGCAGGAGGAAGCGGCCAAGCAGCUUCAGGAGGAGGAGGCAAAGAGACAGCAUGAUCUCAAAAAGCAGGAGGAAACGGAGAAGCAGAGGUGGCAGGAGGCCAAAAAGGAACAUCAAGAAGUGCUACAGAGACCCGAAGAAGAGAGCACACCAGAACCAGAAGAAAAAGGGCGCUUGCGGAGUCCACUUCAGAGUGACUCUGAAGAGAAACCAGAACAAGAAAACGUGGAACCUAGAAAGCAGAGAGAAAGCUCUGAGGAACCAAGUAUUUACAAGAAGCAAAACCAAGAGGCCACACCAUCAGGAGAGCAGCAGGGAAAGAGUGGGGAUUGGCAUGAGGAUGAUCAUUUAGUUCAAGAAAAGAGAGAAGAAACUAACAUAGAGCCUCCUUCCCAGAAAAAAGAGGGGCAAGUGGAAGAAAUGCCGGCUGCUGCAGUGGAGAAGAAAGAAGCCGUCGCUCCAGAAAAAGACAGAAAGGGGGAGGAACUCAGGUGGCAGGAAGUGGAUGAGAGGCAGUCCAUGCCCAGACCCUACACUUUCCAGGUGUCGUCAGGAGGGAAACAGAUUCUCUUCCCCAAAGUCAAUCUGAGCCCAGUGACGCCGGCGAGAGACGCGAGCCCUGCCCCCGCUCCGCUGGAGCCCAAGGCCCACAGGGCCAGCCCGGCCGCGCACGGCCUCCCCUCGUCCCUGAGCGUUCCCCACACGGCCAUCCUGGUGACGGGAGCACAGCUCUGCGGCCCGGCCGUCAACCUGCACCAGAUCAAGGACACGGCGUGCAAGUCUCUCCUGGGCUUGUCGGAAGAAAAGAAGCACGUGGAUCUCCCCACCCGGGAGAACCCACCCCGAGCCCCCGGCGACGCGCGGGCAGGCAGCGGGAAGGGGAGGCCCCCCCAGGAGUCUUCGAGCAGCGCGGCUGCACUAGCCGAGUGGGCUUCCAUCCGAUCCAGAAUCCUGAAGGGCUCGGAGAGUGAGCAGCGCGGCGGAAGAGACCCGCUGAGGCCGGCCGAGGAGCACGCCCCCAGGGGCCGACGUGACUCUCGCGGGAACCUCCGGAAGACCCAGCCAGUAAAUGCGAAGUUCUCUAUUAUGCCCGCCUGGCAGAAAUUCUCUGAAGGUGGCAUGGAGACCUCCAAACAGAGCACGGAAGCAGAAAGCCUUAGAAAAAGAGCCAUGCGGGGUCCCAGGGAGGAGGCAGAGCCCCACCUUCCGGCUGCUGGAACUAAUGAGCUCCGGAAGAGUCCAGAGAAACUGGGGAUGCACCAGGAGCCAACGGAUACCACAGAGGGAUGCAAAUUUGCCAAAGACCUUCCAUCAUUCCUUGUUCCAAGCCUUCCCUCCCCUCCACAGAAAGCGAUGACUCCAUCCGAGUGCAUGACCGCUUCAGAGAGCGAGACCCUGGGUGACUUUGAAAAGCCAGACCACAUGACAUCAGGUGGGGAGGAAAAAACCUCACCUUUUGGAAUAAAAUUGAGAAGGACCAGCUACUCCUUACGCUUCCACUGUGACCAACAGACAGAACAAAAGAAGAAGAAAAGGCACAGCAGCACAGGGGACGGUGCUGGUGGGGGGAUGCCCGCACUGGGCAGCGCAAAUGGAGAGAAGGAGACAGAGGGACCGGUCCCCAAGCAUGGCCCGCUGCUCACCCCAGAGAGGAAACAAGCCCUGUCUGAAAACCUUCCCAGCCACUCUCCUCCAGCAGCUCAGCCUGGGCCCCCGCCACCCAGCGGCCAGACUCCAGCUCCGGAUCACGACAAGGUAGUAAAUAAAAUGCCACUGGCACAGAAGCCAGCACUGGCCCCCAAGCCCACCGGUCAGACCCCACCCUCAUCCCCGCUCUCCAAAUUGAGCCGGCCCUCCUUGGUAGAGCUGCUGGCUCGCCGAGGGAGGAAGCCCGACCCGGAGCCGAGCGAGAGGGCCAAGGAAAGCCAGCAGAGCGACGAUACCUGGCAGCCCUCACCACCAGCCCCCGAGGAAAGGAGGGGUAGGAAGAAGGAUGAGGAGGAAGAGGCGAGGGAGAAGAAACACUCUUCCCUGGCUCUGUGUGCCACUCGACAAGAGACGCUGUCUCAAACAUCUGACGCUGGGAGGAAAGAAAAGCCAGUGCUUCAGAGCAGGCACUCUUUAGAUGGCUCCAAACUUACGGAGAAAGGUGAAACUGUGCAGCCACUGUGGAUUACAUUAGCACUGCAAAAGCAAAAGGGGUUUCGAGAGCAGCAUGCGACUAGAGAAGAGAGGAAGCAAGCCAGAGAAGCCAAACAGGCUGAAAAGCUCUCCAAAGAAAGUGUUGCUAUAAGCCCACAGCCUGGAAGUAGCAGUGUCAGCAGAGCUGGUUCCCUGCACAAGUCUACCAUUCAGCCAGAAGAGAAGAAGCCCGAGACAGCAGCAUCUAGGCUCGAGCGCAGAGAACAGCUGAAAAAGGCCAACACUCUUCCCACAUCUGUGACAGUGGAGAUCUCCGAUUCAGCUCCCCCAACGCCACUGGUAAAAGAAGUCACGAAGAGGUUUUCCACGCCAGACGCUGCCCCUGUGUCGACAGAACCAGCCUGGCUGGCUUUGGCCAAAAGGAAAGCAAAGGCCUGGAGCGACUGCCCUCAGAUUAUUAAGUAAAGAGUGACACUCAGCCAUUCCUACAGCCAGUUACUGGCUCCUCUCUUGCCCUUUUAAUUUAUUAUUAUUUUUUUUUAUAUGAGGUAAAGAAACCAAGCUAGGAAAAAGAAGCAUGUCUUAUAGGCUCUAAAAUAAUGUUUAGAAAAUGAACUGGUGGUGUUCAUCGCAAAGAAUGUAUUUGCACAAAUGUAGGCCCUGGUGCCUUGAGCAACACCUAGUUCUAAAGAGAAACUUCCGUCCAAGGGAACAUGUGAAGCAAAAUCUCCAAACUCAGAACUCCUUGCAAGAGUCUGCCAUACCCACUGCACAGCCCUUUCCCACAGAUAAGCCCCCACACAGUUUCAAACAUGUACUUUUGCCAAUCUUUGUAAUGGUGUUUUGAUUCUCUACCCCAAUUUCUUUAAUCCAAAACAUUUACCUACCAGAUGUUUGGGGAUUUCUACCCUUUUCUACAGUAAUGGUGAAAGGAUCAUAUAUAGAUAGAAACAUGAAUGCCCAUUCUUCUGAAUAUAAUGAGUAACUGGGGAUCACCAGCAACAAUCUGGCUCCAAACUCUGUGCUCAUGUCUGGUUUUCAUGGAUUUUCCCCAUCCUGAAGCUGUAACACAGGCAGCCAGCCAGUCUAGUCACUCUUCUCCCACACUGUUGACCCACAGGCUCCAUUAUACCAGUACCUACGUAAGGACAUGUUGAACCAUUUGGCCCUGUUGGCUCCUAGGGAACAUUUUAAUUUAAUAUGAAAUUCUGGAUCAGAGCUACAAAUUCUCUUCCCGUCUCUGAGAAUCCCCAUCUAGUGCAGUGGUUCUUAAGAUGUUAGAUCUUGUGAGGACAGUAAUUAUAGCAAAAUCUCUUCAGAUGAAUUCUGAUACAUCCCAAAAGUUGAGAACCACUCAUCUAAUGUGAUCUCGUCUUUCAGAGUUUGAAGGGGGAUGCUCAUUUCACCCAAAAAAGCAAAAGUGAGACAAAAAAUAAUAAAACAACUCCCCAAACCAGUUAUUUACUACAUGAUAAGGGAGGCUAUUGGCAUAACAUGUCUCUGAAAAUAUCCUUAGGUCUUUAGGGAAAGUAACAGGGAACCAACAUUUGGAGACCUUGUACUAAGGACUUCCUGCAAGAAGUUUUUUCUUUACCAUAAUUGAGUAAUUCAUAUUUAGAGUCAAAUGUUCAGUAACAUUUAUAGAGUAUUCACCUUGCCAUCUUUUAAAAAAAUCUCAGAUGUUUUAAGUGACCUUGUUAUUGUCAUACACAUGUCCAUAUAAAGGGACUUUGCAGAUUAAAACCAUAUAGAUUCACUUUUAUUUCCCUAAGUUUGCUUUACAUGAAAGAUAAACAUGCCAGCAAACCCACGUUUUGCUGCUACUAACUUUAUAUUUCACAGUAUUGAUAUAUUCCCCUUUUCUGAGAUUCUGGUUCCAAAAUAUAUGUACCAGUCCUUUUCCAGGGGCAGGGUGAAUUACAUCCUUUUUCCUUUUCUACAAAAACACAUUUUAUUAGUAACCAUCAAAACUUUCCUUUAUGCUCACUCACUAUGCAAUGUGCUGUAUCCUAUCAUAUACCCUUAAGGAAGGAUAGCAACAUUAUUUGCACCACAUAGAAAGCAUUUUCUGGGAACCAUAGCUCGGCUUCACUGUAGCAGGUGGCAUGAGUGAUCAGGUGGGUAGUUGUACUCUUGAAAGGUGAAUUUAAUAUUACAAAUACUGGACCUUCAGACUGUAAAGAAUCAAUGUAACUUUAAUUUUUUUUAUUGCUAUGGAAAGCAAUUAAUAGUCCACUGCACAUUUUCCACAUUGCUGUUGAUUUAUAAAUCUUGUAUGUAGGCAUUUGUUAGUUACAAUGGUUUCCUCACCAAUAAAACACUUUUUGUGGGGCUCUUUCCAGCUUGAGCCCUGGAUUCAGAAUACUACAGUAACUCUUCUGAACUGACUUCUUUCAUCCUAUAAGCUUUGUAUAACAUCACAGUAAUGGCAGAGGAAGGAUGAGGGAAUCAAAUCAUUAAGAAAGAAUGAUAGAUGAGUCAACUCUGAACUGACUCACCUCCCACUGAGCCCGUACAAAGUAGGAGAAAUACCUCAGUUAAAAAUUUUCCAUCAAAGUCUUUAAGAGUAUAAAAAAGAUUAUACUGAGAAAAGGACAGUCAUAGAACUUACUUCCAAAUUUCUAAAGGGUACAUGAUUAACAUUUCAUAUGGAAAUCAUCCCAAAUUUGCACUAAAUACCAAUGAAGUGUUAUUUGCUUUAGUUGUUUUGCAAACUUCUGUGACCAACAAUGGGGAAAUUCUAUAUAAACAUAAAAAAAUUCAAGUAGUUUGUUUUUUUUAAAUGAAUGAUUGCUAUGUUAAAUCAUAAGCAUAAAAAAGCUUAAUUAAGCUUUUUAAGUUUAUUAAAUUUAAACAAACAUACACUUUUCCUGGCAAGGUUAUAGAUGAUUAACCUCUGUUCAUAGAAUUAUAUAUAAAAUUAGAAUUUUUUUGUUUACUUUUUUAAUUUUUCAAGUGCAAUUGUUUCUUACACAGAUAAUUAUUACUAUUAAAUUAUAAUUUUAGCCAGUUUUCAGCAAAUGUAUAGUAUGUAUUCGUUGUCUCUUGUGACAUUUAGUUUAAUUGCUUAUUUUAAAGCAGAAACAUUAGAGUUACAAGUGUCUUGCAAUAUUUUUACCAACAAUAAAAUCAAGUAGAGACUUACAAUGAAAGUAGUUUAGUGUGAUUUUAAUGUUGAGAUUUUUUCGUUGUAUAAAGUUUUAAUGUAAAAUGUCCAUUAUUGAGAGGAAAAGAUCUUUCAAUAAAAAAAGACACACAAGCUGUUCAGCACUGACAGAAUUUCCUUUUCAGGUUGUUUUUACU